AAAAUAGGACACGUCUUGUAAAAUAUAACAUGUUCCAGCUGUACUCCGAUGACAGACACUGGCAGCUAAAAGUAUGAUAUAUAAUGGUUUUGAAUUUCAGUGUUGCUGUAGCGUCGAUGGAAAGAAAGGCAUACAAGAUGUUACUGUAGUAGUUCGUUUUGAAACAACAGUGUUGAAUGUACUUCGAUCGUGGCGACUAGCGGAUGUGGAAUUAAUCAUUAAUGAAAUUACAUCCAGUAAACACAGAGAAAAUAAGGGAAAACAGGAGUUUGUCAUUCACCACCACUAGAGAAGAACACGUCAGUCAGAGUCGUCGGUUAAGCAGUUUAUUCAACAUUGAAGAUUACCUCAAGGAUGAGGAUUUUGAUUUAAGACCGAAAACUGACUACACAUAUGCAUAUAGUGGUAGCUAUUGUAGAUCAAAACCAGACAAAGACGUGGUGAGUCCCAACAUGUCACGUCGAAGAUUGCGUGCUCGGGAGAGUAUGUCGGAGGACCUGAGCAGCGUGUCACGGUCGUCAUAUCUGGAUGAGCAGAAUAUGUCACGGUAUCGCAAUGAAGAGCUGUCCGAUGAUGAACUAAUGGAGUCGGCAGAUGAACAAGAUUUUUUGCAGUUGUAUCAGAGAGACAAAACGCUUUCAGGAUACCGAGUUGCCCGCACCUCAGACGGGAUGGUGUUGCGUUCUGGAAGCCAUUUGCAUAAACUUUCUUCUGUGAUCCAACAGCAUGAAUUUAACACCAUUGACUUCAACAAAACUUUCUCACCUGUUUACAUGAAUGAAAACAUUAACAAUAAAAACAAAAUGGAAAGAUAUUCGCGAGACAGGAACCAGAACCAAAGCCCCGCCCAGUCUCGGAGUGUCUCGAGGUCCAGUGUCUAUAGCAAUAGCUCGUACGGCAGUGAGACGGGCAAGGAAGUGAGACGAACUCUUGCCAAAGAGUUCAAGGAAUCGGGGCGUGAAAAAGGAGCUCACGAAGAGUCUGAAAAGGGCUGCAAUAAACGGCAGAAGGCAAACCCAAGUCCGUGGUCUCGUGCCACUUCUGUAGUGAGCCACAUGCUUGGAUAUCCAUUAAUCACAAUGUACCAGAUGUGGACAAGCAUUACUGAAAUGACAGAAAUGACCACUCUCUUUGAGACAACUGGCAUAGACUCGCACACAGAUGGUUACUUAUCUAGGUCUACAACGACAACAUACACAGAAAACAAGCCAAAGCGUUAUAGUGACGUUGGCACAAAUACCGAUGAUACAAACCUACUUAUUGACUCUGUAGACUAUGGUGUGCGUUUGCAGACAGAACACCACUAUCAUAAUCACGAAUCAGAAAAAUAUGUCACGAGUCCUAGCAUUUUAAAAAGUACCCCCGCUGCUGGCAAGUCUUCUUGGAUUCAGAGAAUAACGUCCACAUUCACGACGGUCACUGAUGGUUUGGAUGAUGAUGACGUUUCAGAUUCUGACUCCUACAGCACCAGCACAGAUGGAUCAAGAAAGUCAAAACAAAGAGUUGAAAACAAAACAAAAAAAGGCAUCAGGGAAAGAUUCAGAGGUUCCAUGUGUGCUAUAUGGCAACGCAUCGGUGUGCCUGUUCGAGAUAUUUUGAAGCUUCUGUAUUCCUGGAUAUAUCACUUCAUUAUUGUUGAUAUCUGGGUGUUGGCAAAACGACCCAAGGUGUUAUUAUGGUGUUUAUUGAUACCUCUCUUCCUUUUGUUUCUACCAUUUUUCCUGCGAUCUGUUUUCAGUGGUGGUGUGAACCUUUGGUGUUUUACCUGUGCAGCAAUGCAAGCUGGUAAUAUAUUAUCCCAUUCACUUUACAAUGCAAAGUCAACAUUCCUUACUUCGUUUUCGUCAUUUUCAUCACCAUCAUCACUUCAGGCAGAGACAGAACAUCAUGUUCCUCAGUUUUCUGCCCACAAUACAGGAAAUUUUAAAGACAGGGUGAAACAGAUAAUAUUCCAGCUGCAGAAGAAUCAAAGUCCACAGCUAAAUGCCAUAGACAUUGAGCGUAUUGUCAAAGGAGUUAUCAGUGAAGAGUUGGCUGUCUUGAAAGUAGAUCUGUCGCGCAGGAUAAAUGAGGCUAAAGGACAUAUGGAUUCAUGGCAAAUGGAACAGAAGCUAAAGUUUGUUACACUGAAAGAUAACAUCAACUUAGCUAUGACAGAAUCAAAGGAAUUUGAAAGGAAAUUAGAAGACGCUAUUGCUAAGACAUCUAAGCAAACCAAGCAAGACGUGAACUUGGCAAGAGAUAAGAUUCGGCUGCUGGAGGAACAGAUACAGUCUCUCGGUACUGACAUUGCUCAGCUUCGUCUAGAACAUUUUGAAAUGCUGGGAGAGGUCAAAAAUUGUUGUCACAAUGAUACAUUCUUUGCUGCUGUCAUUAAGAGUCAGAUCAAUGACAUAAUUUCCAAGAUUGUGGCUGGUGGUGGAGGUACUGGUGCAGACUCACAUGGUGGCUUCGUAUCUUGGCUGAACUCCAACUACGCGAAGAAGGAAGAUUAUGACAACACAAUAGCUGACCUGAAGGCAAUGGUUGAAAACAGAUUGAACAAGAUCAUGAGGCAACAGGAUGCUAACAAAAUGUUUGUUCCCUCUGGGAGUUCCAAGGGAAGUGGUGUUAGUGAAGAGUAUGUACGUUUUAUUGUGGAUGAAGCUAUUCAGAAGUUCAGUGCAGAUAAAACAGGCAUGGCUGACUAUGCUUUGGAAUCAAUAGGUGGCAGUAUCAUUAGUAUCCGGUGUUCUGUCACUUACUACAAAAAGACAGCACUUGUCAGCAUAUUUGGAAUACCUCUGUGGUAUGCGUCCAACUCUCCAAGAACAGUCAUUCAGCCUGAUGUCUACCCUGGUCAGUGCUGGGCAUUCAAGGGUUCCCGUGGUUACCUAGUUAUACAGCUGGCCACUGCCGUCCAGCCAACAGGCUUCACCUUGGAGCAUAUUUCUAGACUGUUAUCACCAGCAGGAAAUGUGGACAGUGCACCCAAAGACUUUUCUGUGAUUGGUUUGACGAAUGAACGUGAAGUUGAAAAGGGAAAACAUUUAGGCAACUACACCUACAACCAAGAAGGAAACCCUGUCCAGUUUUUCCCAGUACAGGCUGUGCAACUGGACUUCUACCCCAUUGUUGAGCUAAGAAUAUUGAGUAACCAUGGCAAUCCAGAAUACACCUGUUUGUAUCGAUUCCGUGUUCAUGGAAUGCCAUACAAAAAAUAGAAUGAUUGCUUCAGUAAAUAACACUGUCAAAAGACCAGACAAAAGUCAGUACAUUGUGACAGUGGCAAGAAUGUACCAAUAUGGUCCUGAUAUUAAAAACCCCAACCAAAAACUAGUGUAAUCAUCAGCUAAACAAAUAGAUCAGAUUCUCACAUAUUCUACUUCACGUGCAGUAUCUUUAUUAUGUGUAUACCCAAAUAAUGGUAAUCAUUGUCAAAAAAGCAACAGAAAAAUAAUCAAAUUUUAGACACUGGUGUUGCAUUUUCUCUGUUUAAUAUUUACAAAUGUGAACAGAAACAUCAAAUAUAACUGUUAACUUUAAAUUGUUAAUUAAAAGAAUCAGUUUGCCUUGCUGGCUUUUUCCCAAGUUAUUGAGUCAUGCAUAUGCAUCCAACCACUACUUGAACAGUAUCUUCUGCGUGCCCCCCCCAACUUGGUUUAAAUAUUCCACCGAUAGUGGGAGGUCCGAGAAAAACAAUUCACUCUAACAUUAAAACAAAAUCUUGAUAGUAAGUAGUUGGUUUUCAAAAACAUUUUAGGUUAGUCUUCCAUCAAACUUUUCAUAUCUAAAAACAAAUUUGGUUCAAAGAUCUAUAAAAUUUUCAUAUUAAACAGAGAAUCUCAACCGCAUUGGAAUAACUGUCAGUAUAGACAGUCACAGAAUCAAAUAACAUUCAAAUUACUCUCCGAUUUAAUUGACUAUGGUUUUAAAUUUCAUAUUGGUGGCAUCAAAUAAUAUGUGCUUUCUGGUGUCAUUAAACAUGUAUUAUUUAAUGCCAUUUAAUUGAAAAGUAUGGACUUUCCUUUAUAAAAAAAAAAAAAAAAAAAAAACGGAAAAAAAACAAAACCCUACCUCUUGUGACUGGCAAUGAUUAUCUAACAUUUGACUUAAUUUUUUGACUUUAUUUGUACUGGUAUUUUUUGCCAUUUUGGUGUAUUAUUGAAUUCUAAAAAAAAGAUAUAAAAAAAAUAUUCCCACUUCUCAUUAGUGCUUUAUUGAUGUCCUUGUAUUAAAUAUGUCUUUGUGAUUUGUAACAUUCACUAUAUUAGUAUAUUAUGCGUGGUGUAAAUAUUUGUACUUUUGAAUGUUCAUUAAAAAGCAAUAUUUAUGCAGUCAGUUAAAAGGGUUGAAAAAUUAGCUGGACUUUCAGGGUGAAGUUUGAAAUAUGAAUUGGCAUUAGAUGCUUUAAUUUACAUAUACCACAAAUCCUUAGUCAUUAUGUUUAAACAGUUCUCUUAUACCACCCUUGGCAAAUCAUUUAAUCUUUCUGUUGCAUAUUAUAUCCUUGCCAAAUAGUAAAAAUAAUUUAAAAUUUUAAAGUCUCACAAUUUUGUUACACAAAGUUAGUAUUUCAUAAACAACCCAAAGGUGAAACAUUUUACUAAAUUGUUAAGCUUUAAGAACAAUAUGGCUACAUCUGGUUGUUGAUUGGCCAUCAAAAUAAAAUUUUUACGUUUGUCCAUCCGUCCAUCUAUACACAGCUAAAUGGAUUUUUUGUAGAACUUACUUGAGCCAGAUUCACAGUUGGGUGCACUUCUUGUAUAUUAUUGUCUAUGGCAUAUCAUUAUAUAAACCAUAUUCUAAUACUAGUUCAUUAAUAUCCUAAUGCUAGGUCAUUCAUCCAUCUCCAUUCCACUGUUGUUCUUAAAGUGUCUUAUAAUAUAUAUAUUCCUUUUGUUUUAAUGUGUAUGUCUUUUGUUUUUUUAACCUGCAUAUUUAUUCAAGUGUUGUGUUCAUGAUGCGAUAUAUGUGAAUCUCAUUUGUGUUAAUCUCACUCUUUUGCUUUGGAGAUUGUCAAAUAAAGUGGCAAACAUAACCAACACCAUACAUGGCAAUAGAAGAAUUGUGCUAAAUAUUAUGUGGGUUUUUAAAAAUUAUUCCUAUAGUUGGUGUGAACUUUUAGAAUAGAUUUUAACUGUACAGCAUUUUAUCGGUUAUUUGUUUCAGGGAGCUUUCUUUUAAAGUCAACUUGGCAGUUGUAAUGCAUUAACUCUGCGUCUUCAGUAUCUAAAAUCAAAUAGUGUCCAACAGGCUACUUCUUUUUUCUUUUAUAUUUUAUUUAUCUAUCCUAAAUCUCUGCCUUUUCACAAGAUCUGUGUUGCAAUACAUUAUAUAUUUCAGUAAAUUUGUAUCAUUAACCACAAGAUGUAUAUUAUAUCAAAAUACAUUGCCUUGGUUUUGGUUGUUAAAUUUGUUAUUUUUAAAUUAUUAUUAUAUAGGCAAAACUAUUGUUAGUAUUGUGCAAUAUUAUUCAGUUUUGUUUUUGUUUUAUCAAUAUUACUGUACAUUUGGUUGUUGACACUAAAAAUAUAACGUGUUCUAUGUGGGGAAUUAAGAAACUUUAAAUUUAUUGAUAUCUAUAAAGCAGUGUAAUGCAUACAUAUAGCACUUAAUUAUGUUGAUUUUUAAAACUGAUUUUUCAGUAAAUUUGAAAACAUCAAGAUCUCUCUUCUUUUAAACAGGGUAAUAGUAUUGGAAUGGAUGGUUAAUUUUAGCUUUCAAUUUAAAUGGUAAAUGAUACAUGCAUACAAAAUUACUACUUUAUGUUAAGGGUCCACAUUGUUUGAAAACCACAUUUUAACUGACUGUCCUGAAUCUUUUUACAAGAGAAUCUGUCCUGGAAACAGAUGAUUUUAGGUGAUCUCCUCUCUUGUUGUGAUGUAUAUGAUCACCAAGUAUAUCCAAGCAAUCUUCCCCGAGUGCAAAUAUGUUCAGAAUGUGGAGCAGGUUUACACAAUGAGAAUCUUUCUCUUUUUUUGGCAUAUCUAUUAACUUAUUUUCUUUAGUUUCUUUAAAAUAUGUCUCUAGCAUAACUAUUCCUGGUGAACUAGAAUAUUUUUAUUGUUAGUUUUUGUCGUGUUUGCUUAAUUUAUUAUAUACUAUGUUAUACUAAUAGAAUGCUUCAUUUAUUAUCAUUCAUUUAUACAGUAUCCAUAGUUCAUAAAUAAAGAAAUCUUAUCAUAA